AUGGCUGCCAUCAACUAUCCACCAUACGACUCACUGCCCCUGAGAGGAGGCAAGCGAUCGGCCUGGGCUAUAUGGAAUAGAGACGGAGUACCGGACCAUCUUGGUGCCCUCAAUCAUUUAGACUCGGUGGCUCGUUGUGCCGCCGCUCGAGAAGUCGUCCAUGGUGAAUCGUUCCAGCUUGACUGGGCAUAUGAUGAGAUCGGCAAACCGGCCUUUGGCCGUCAAGGUCUCACACACAAUGUCAUCGACUACCACAAGGUCACGGGUGAAAUGGCUCACGACGAUGUCAUCACCUUCAACACACAGUGCGGCUCUCAGUGGGAUGGCUUUAUGCACUACGCCGACCAGAAUUUGGCCUCGUAUUACAAUGGUGUGAAGCAUGGCCAAAACACGAUACAAGAUCCCGCGUCGCACAGUAUACAUUGCCUUUCGGUGCAGGAUAUGAAGUUAAUUGCGGAGCAUCAGGGUGUUCAAUUCUCCCACGGCGACAUCCUGAUCGUUCGAACUGGAUUCUUAAAGUGGUACCGUGAAGCGCCAGAACAGGCCAGAUCAGAUGCCUUCGAUGCCCUCCGAUUUGCCGGAGUUCAACAAGGGACCGAAAUGCAGAGGUGGCUGUGGGACAGCAGGUUCGCCGCUGUGGCCGGUGAUGCCGUUAUCCACCUCCUAGCGACGGGUCAAUGCUUCACCAAUGGCUUCUGCCCCAUGUUGGCAUACCGAUAG